UGGCGCUCUCAGGCCUCACAUGUGCUCUCUACGCAGAUUUGCCGGAUAUCCUGCUCGGCUAAUGACUAAUGUAACGGAGACAUUGAUAGAGUUGGCAGCUGCCGGAAGCUGCAGCUGAUUCCGUAGACAACGCGCAUUCAGCAGCGAAAAUGGCUUCUUCGCGUCUGCUGCGAGUGGGAACGAUUUUCUCGAGGGUGACAGGGCUGAUCCGCUCGGGAGCCAUGAGAGAGGAGGACCGACCGCUCUGGUACGACAUAUACGCCGCUCAUCCGCCGAGAUCCGAGCCCCGGGAAGAUCGUCAGUACGAAAACAAACCCGUCGUGAACAUUCUCUACAAGGAGGAUAUCGUUCGAGCGAUGUUUUACAAAGACUUCGGUUGCCCCGAUACUCUGAGGUUGGAGGAUCGCUCCCCUUCAUUGUGUCAAAGACUUGUGCUCAAAUACCAAGAGCUGGAAGCAGCGGACCCUUCUACCGACCCGGAAGAACUGUACCGCCGUGCAGCUCAAGCCCUGAACUUGCAAUCGGACUCAGAUUUUACCAAGGGACAGGUGCAGCAUGGAAGUGUGUCUCAGCAAGUGGUCUCCAACAGAACCGAAGAGCAUGAAAGUACCCCUCCACUAGUGACUUCCAGUGAAAAAGCAGAUGCAUGAGAGUUUGAACAUGAACUGUAUUAUGUGAAAUAGUGAACAGAUGAAUGAAUAGAAAUACUUGAAAGUACAAUGAGAGGAAAUUGAAUGAGUCGCAAAUCUACUUUUGUCUAAUGGAUCAAACGAAGUCAAUUCUUCACCGCUUGUGAAGGCUAAAGAAUGCAGACAUGGGAUCAUCCAGAGCCAAGGACCUGCAAAUGCACAAUUAACCAUUUCAUUACCAAAUUGCUUU